AUGCUUCGGCAGCGCUGGGUGAUCCAAGUCGCGUGCGGCGCCGCCGCCUUCUCGGCCAGCGUGGCCAUGUUCAACCUCGUCAUGGAGACACAGGACGACGAUGGCGUCCAUGGCGCAGACGAUGCUUCGAGGCCGCUUCUUCCGGUAGCUCCCGCGCGGCCGUCGCUCCGACUGUCGAGCCAGUCCAUCUCGGUCGACGCCGUCGAGGAGGCGCUGGAGACCCUCGCCCAUGGCGACGAGCCUUGCAUGCUCUCGCCCAUCGAACGCGCGCGCGUCAACUUGUUCUGGGACGACCUAGCGGCGACUCUCGGAGGUGACGCGUACGCGCUGCAAGAGCUGACGCAAGAGGCCCAAGGAUACGCGCAGCGCUUCCCGCUCGAGUUUCCGCUUGCAACCGUGCUCAAGGCCAUCUCGAUCGCCGCGUCGCUCUCGCACAGCGCUAGUAGCAAUGUGCUGCCGCCGAUGCGCCGCCGGUCGACGCUAAGCCUCAUGGGCAACAAGCUCUUCGAGAUGGCGGUCGAUACGAAGGGCGGGAUGCAGAACGCGAUGCACCGCGCCGUGCGCCGGUACCUCGAGCGCGCACUCGACCUCUUUGCCGAGCGCCUCAAGGACUCGAUCAAGGACAAGGACAUGCCUCUGUACCUCCAGACCAACAUUGAUGUGGCCGUGGACCAGUUUCUACCGGACGUCAAGGUCGAGCUCUUCCGCAAGACGAAGGACCUCUUUGUUGCAACGACGGCGACGACGCCUCUCCAGCGCCUCCCGUCCGAGUCGGGGGGCGAGGUGACGUCGGCUGUACCGUCGCUCACGCAGCGCGCGGCGACGUCGUGGGCAAACGCCCGCGCGUGCAUCUUGUACAACCUCUUCCCGUACGACCAGUCGAUCUGGCGCUGCCUCAAGAACCCGUACUGGUGGAGCUUUACUAUCCUCGGCAUGCUCCCGUACAUUGGCCAAGCGUGGUGGUGCCUCCUCUUCGUCCUCAAGGACAAGCGGGAUGAGCACCAGCUGUGCCAGUUUAUCAUUGGUUUCAAGACCAGUCAGUUCCUUACGCUGGGGCUGGGCUCGACCGCCCUCGGCGUCGCCAAGUACAUUUCCUGUGCGCUCUACGGCACCAUGGGUCUCUGCGACCUCUACGGACCGAUGCUGUCGCCGUGGAACACGCUUUUCUUUCUCUGGCAAACGGCGCUGGUCUGGGUCGCGUUCUUCUACCUCCCGUACACGGAGCGGCCAUCGUCGGCGACGGUGCUCUCGCCCAAGCACGCGGCGGCGCCCAAGACGACGUACACAGACAUGUUUGGCAACGUCUUGCACAUGGACCGCGGCGGGUACCUCAUGAAGCUCUGCGGCUACGAGACGAUUGCGUUUUGCUUUACAAUGGGCCUCGCGCUCGCGGCGCAGAGCGUGCUUGCCAUGACGUGGCAGCGCCAGAGCAUGAUGUUUUGGAUCCGGACGUUGUAUGGGCUCUUGUCGCUGCCGUACCUCCCGUUCAAGAUCCCACUCGUCGAGAACGUGCUGCUGCACACGUGCCGCAUGGGCUACGAUGCCCGCGGCCGCACCGUGCGCAUGGUCAAAGGCGCGCCAGCGUCGUCCAAUGCAUAG